ACUAGAUUGACAAAUUGAGCUAGGCAACAAACAUACACAAGUACAUUGCAUCACCCAAGCUAAUUAAUCAAAUUUCAUUAGCCUUCAAUCGAAUAAAAUUUUGCUAAAUUUGAUUUUAAAACAAACGUGCUUCCACUUUUAAUAUCGUCAUCUUGACCUUCAACCCUUUACAUUGGUUAGAUCAAAGCGAAAAUCACAUUGGGUGACGUUCUUUUCCUUUGUUUAAUUUGACCCAAAAAUUUUAUAAACCCCCCCAAAAAGUUUUUUCUUCAUAAAUUUUCAAUCUUGCUAGAACCCAGAAACAAAAAUGUUGAAAAAUCAAGGUUAUUUGGUCAAUUGGGGUUGCUGAUUUGACAAAUUUGGUUGAGUAAAUGUUACGCUCAGAUCUCCAUUGAUGCUUCAACUCAUAUUUCCUCAAGGUGUUUGAUAAUGGAGCAUUUACAAGAUCAGAGUAAUAGUGAGCUGGAUGGUGAACAAAAGAGGGAUGUGGGUGGUAUUACUUCAACGUCUUGUAGCUCAGUUUACCGUUUAUUUGGGCGGCAGAAGCCGAUGCAUCAGAUAAUGGGAGGUGGGCAAGCUGCUGAUGUGAUCUUGUGGAAGAAAUGGCACUUGUCUUGUGGGGUCAUUGUUGUUGCUACUGUUGCAUGGCUAUUGUUUGAGCAGUCUGGAUUACCAUUCCUAUCAGUAAGCUCAGAUGUUCUGCUCAUCUUGAUAGUUUUGCAGUUCCUUCGCUCAAAUUAUGCUGUUGUUACAAAUAGACAGUUGGAAGAACUGCCUGAACUAGAGUUGUCAGAAGAUUUAGUUACCUCUGCUGCUGCAUCUUUUCGUGUCAAAGUUAACUACUUUCUGUUGAUGGCACAUGAUAUCACACUUGGCAAGGACUUCAGACUGUUCUUUAAGGUGGUGGCAGCGUUGUGGCUCUUUUCUGUUGUUGGUAGCUUAUUUUCUUUCUUUACGCUUGCUUAUGUAGGCACUAUAAUUUUUGUUACAAUUCCGGCUCUGUACAGCAGAUAUGAAGAGAAGAUUGAUAAAUUUGCAGGCUUUGUACACCAAAGAUUUUCAAGGCAAUACAAAGUUGUCGAUGAGGAUAUUGUUAGAAGACUCUCUCGAAGUACAUCUAAGGACAAAGAUGAAUGAUCUUUAGAUCAAUUUGUACAGGAUAUCAGUAGGCUUUUGUUAAAGUUCAGAACUAGACUUUGUUAUAUAGCUUUCAUAUCGCAUUUGAAAAACUUGUUGCUAAGCAUUACUCUGAUUAACUUCUUUCAUACAACAAAGUAAAAAUGCACCACCUAGUUCUUUGA